UCACUGCGUCAUUACAGUCAGAGAAUAGUGUUUCGCCAUUUAGACCCCACGACUACACUGAGAUUGAUCAAUGACUACUUGUCGAUUGCAACCGAUAGCCCAGCUGAUUAUGCUGAGAUAGCAAUAUCCUACUACGACUGUCAAUAAUGGCAUGCGAAGCUUUAAUGGACAAGUUCACGGAGAGCGCGUCAAGACCUCAGCUCCAUCAGCCUUGCACGUGCAAGAAGAGGUGCAACAAUUGCAACGUUUUCGUCGGGGUUUUCAUCCUGUCGCUGUCGCUACACUUAAUAACACUGUCCUGCUUUCUGGACCUGCGGUCUGAGGUGAAGCGGGAGAUUGCACUGAAUAAGCGAGAAUCCGCGUCAGCUGUCAGCGGAUCUUCCCAGAUGAGGGUGUCCCACACCAAUGACUCAGACGAUGACAUUCACCGCGAACCCAGCCCGCCUGAGCCACCAGAGGGGAUUAUGGAAAGACGGGCCCAGGUGACGGCAGGAUCUGGCAGCGCACUUUGGCGGACGAAGCGUGGCACCAACCGAAGACACGACUCAGAAUCCCCCUCCGGUAAACGGAAAGAUAAAGUCAAGAAAGGUUUCAUCCGACAUCCUUUCCCAGGAAAGAGGCGACAGGGAGCCCCUGGUCCUCCAGGCCAACCCGGACCCCCAGGCCCUCAGGGCCCCCCAGGAAUUCCCGGUAUUCCGGGGAUCCCAGGUUCCAAUGCCCUGGGGCCAGCCGGACCACCCGGACCGCCAGGGCCAAAAGGACCACCUGGCCCCCAGGGGCCGGCAGGUGCUGUGGACAAAAGCAAGCUAAAAGAAUUUCAGCCUGCUGUGGUGCAUUUGCAAGGCCAAGAAACAACCAUACAAGUUAGAGAAGAUCUUUCAGAGGGCGUCCUGAAAAACUGGAAGAUGAUCUCGGUGCACCACAAGGUCUUCAAGAUGCACUCGCGCUCUGGCGAGCUGGAGGUGCUCGUGGACGGCAUCUACUUCAUUUAUAGUCAGGUAGAAAUUUACUACCUCAACUUCACGGACAUCGCCAGCUACGAGGUGCUGGUGGACCGAACGCCGUUCCUGCGCUGCACCUGCAGCAUCGAGACGGGCCAGCGCAAGUUCAACACGUGCUACACGGCCGGCGUGAGCCUGCUGCGGGCGCACCAGCGCAUCUCUAUCCGCAUGGUGUACCAGGACACGCUCAUCAGCAUGACUGACCACACCACCUUCCUGGGCAGCGUGAGACUCGGAGAUUUGCCGACCACCGGACAGGCGUGAACACAGACACACACACACACACACACACACACACAGACGCCGUAUGAGGACACGCUUAUCAGCAUGGCUGUCCACAUCACCUUACUUGGAAGUGUGUAGCCGGAGGACAAGCCAAACACAGUUGAGAACACACAAAGCAAUUUAACGUGAGCACACACACAUUCACACAUACAUAUACACAGGCAAACAUACACACAUACACACACACACACACACACACACACACACACACACACACACACACACACACACACACACACUUGAUGGUUCACUGUAUGUACACCACAGUUAAUUUGACAUUGGGCCACAAAUGUGCACUGAGCAAUGUUGCAUACCAACGCACACUUACCAACCCCCCUGUCAUAUCCAACAUGUCCAACACGCUGGCAAGGCAUGCAUGUACACUGAACAAACUUGUACACAUAUAUAAUACACACAUCAGUGAGACGACACACACACACACACACACACACAAACACACACGCGACAGACCACACAGGAAACCAGUCACACGUACACACUGCACAAUGUCAAACCGACACCAUGCCCUGGGUGUGGCAACCUGUGGAGGACUACCAGAUGUGUAACCCCAGACGCCUGGCAUGCCAAACAGUUUCAGAAAAGUGAUCACUUUAAUCCAGGUCUUGUGCUCGUCAGACAGAAUCCUGCCUCAAGUCUCUUUCCCCACCCAGUACUGCUCUUCUGUUUGACCUGAAGGACUCUGACAUGAAGAAAACUGUGCACACCAACACGUUUGCACUAAUGGAACACUUCAACACACUUAAAAUGCCUUUAUGGUAUUUCCGAAGGAAUUACUGACUUAAAAGUUAAACAUAUCUUUUACACUACACUUUGUAUAUAUGUACAUAAAAUAGGAUAUACUUUUGCUGUAAAUGGACUCAAUGACAUUAAAUACAUUUUCAUUUGUAAUCUAA